AGUGAAAGCUACAUAUCACAGACCGACUGCAGCUUUUGAAGAGAGUGACACACUGGCAGAGCACACGGAGCACUUCUCUGCACCAGCUGCUGGUGAUGGAGCUCUAUAGAGAAGCGGAUCACUAUCUUAUGUCCUAUGGCAUCUCACCUGUGACGGAAAAUGAGAAUGAGAUGAGGGAUUCUGACUUACUACAGGAUGUGUUCAAUGCGGAGACAGACUGGGUUUCUCACAGCCCUCUGCAAACUGAACCAUGUGUGUCAUCCGCUCCAAUAGCAGAUAGCCCAGAUGACCUUCUACAGAAGAGAAUGGUGGUUCUGAAAGGGCUUCUGACCAGUGAGGAGAUCUAUCUGACAGAGUUAGAGACGCUGCUCACGCCCAUGAAAGCUCUGAAGGCAGCAGCAGGUACAUCUCAACCUGUGUUGUCCACUGAGGAGGUUCGGACUGUGUUCUAUCAAAUUCCUGAACUCAGAGACCUGCACAAGGACUUUUACACUAGCCUUAAAACCAGACUGCUUAGUGAAAAAGGGCUGGAUCAAGAAGAUAGGUCUCAAAAUCAGGGGACCCUGGAAAGUGCAGUGAUACUUUACCAGGGGAACCCUCAAGUACCUGUAGGAGAUCUGUUUCUUAAGUUUGUUAACCAGUUAGGAGUGUACCGGGGCUUCAUUGAUAACUAUGAGAAUGCGCUGGAGAUUGUGCAGAAGUGUAUGCUGUCAGACCAGCGCUUUAGGACACUAGCAGAGAGUAUGAUGUCCUUCAAAGGGUCAGAUAGGGUCAAAACUAAGUAUACCAUGGAAGCUCUCCUGUAUAAGCCGUUGGACAGAGUGAUGAAAACCACCCUCAUGUUACAUGAACUGUGGAACCACACGCCACCUGAUCACCACGAUAGUGUCUUACUGCAGGAAGCCCUUCGUCUUUCCAGCAGCUUCCUGUCUGGGGUCAAUGAAAGGUCCCAGUGCAAAAGGGCUGUCAUGCUCAGCAAAGGAGAGAGACGUCAACUGAUACGUGAUGGGUUUGUGGUGGAUGUCUGUGAGAGCGGGCACAACCUGAGACACCUCUUCUUGUACGCAGACUUGUUGCUGUGUGUCAAACUCACAAGUACUGGGAGACAAGCACAUUACAGGUUUUGCUGGUACCUGCCAUUGGUUGGCCUGAAGCUGCAGUGGGCUUCGGAACAGCUUCCCUCAUCAGAAUGCCAAAUAAAAAUCAGCAAAACCAGAGCCAAAAUGUACCAGCUCAAACAAGCACUCCAACAACACAUGAAAGGUGGCAAGGGGUCAUUUUCACGUGCAGUUGAACGUUUGAGGCGGAAGCUUGAAGAAUGUGAGCUUUGGCUUUUAACAAACACACCAUCCUUUACUUUAGAUCUACACAGCACCAGUGGAAAGAGUCACACAGUCCGAUUGUAUUCUUUAUAUGACUUGGAUGAGUGGAAAGAGGUCAUUGAGAUACAGAGUGGAAAGAGUAUAGAGACAGUUCCUCCAGACCUGCUGUCUGUCACUGGUUCCUGUAUCAAACUCAGAAUGACUCAACAACCUCCCCUUCAUUGUGUUAAAUCUAAUGAACAAUCACACGUGUGUGGGAGCAUAUAUGUGAUGGUUCAUUCGGCGUGUGGUCUGCAACAUCCAAGCAGUGUAUAUGUAUGUGUAGAGGUUGAUGGCUUUGAAUUCUACGACAGGCAAAAACAAACCUGCCUUUCAGCAUUCAGUGUGACAACGGUGUGGGAUGAGGAGCUAGUGUUUCAAGUGGACGGAGCUCAGCAGCUGUUCCUGGUGGUUGUAUCUCAGUCUGAGAGUGACUCGCAGGAUAACAUCUUGGGUAGAGCUGUGUUACAACUAGACCCUGACAUCAUGUUUAAGAAGUGGAAGAAACUCACAUGUUCUUUGGGGCAUAUUGAUGUAACCUUGUCAAUGAAGUACUUGCCCCACCCUCUUGAACCUCCUAGCUGUACCCCUCUCAUACCGGAACCAGUGUUCUGUGUGCAGAUUGCACAAGUGGCAAAGCAAGAGGGUGUGCUGGUCCCUCACAUUGUCCGUUCCUGUGUGGAGGAGGUUGAGAGGAGAGGAUUGAAUGAAGAGGGCAUCUACAGAAUCUCAGGAGCUAGUAGAGAGAUACAAGAACUCAAGCAUGCAUUCAACACUAAUUACCGUGAGGCUGUGAGUAAACUGAGGAGUUUAGAUGUGAACGCAGUGUCAGGCACUUUGAAGCUAUACUUCAGAGAACUUCCUCUAGCUCUUAUUCCCUCUGACCAUUUCCAGGGCUUCUCAGUAGCAAUAGACAUUGCUGACCCAUAUGUCAGGGCAAACCAUAUGCUGGCUGUAUUGCAGGGCCUACCAGAUGUAAAUCGCAACACCUUCCUCUUCCUCUUACACCACCUGAGACGUGUUGCAGAGAAGCAGGAACAGAAUAAAAUGUCUUUAAGUAAUUUGGCCACAGUGUUUGGCCCCAGUCUCUUGCGUCCCCCAGUGGAUCGUGUUGACAUAUCUCAAGAAGUGGAAGUUCAGGUUCAAGUUAUUAAUCUCUAUCUACAGUGUCAUAACCUUCCCGAACCUCUUCUUACUAAACCUCUGGACCUAGAGGAGCUAGAGACAUGAGCAACAGCCAUAAACCAGACUCAUUCAAAGACUCAAUUUUUAUAAGCCAUAUGUUUUAUGAAGGCAUAUUUCUUAAAUAUAUUAAGUGAGAUUCUAUUCCCAUUUUUUACAGUUUCUAAAUAAAUGAGCUUGAAGCUAAACUUUGGUCUUUGGACAGUAUUUAGUAAAACAUCAGUUGGCAACUAUCAUAGCUUGUAAAUGCAGCCAAAGUCUUUCAGUUUUUUAUAGCAAAAGACUACAAGUUCUGUGAGAUUCAUGGACUAUCUCACAUGCCUUCUCUUGUCUGUAUCUAAAGUAGUCCAUUUUAGAUGUUAAGGUUUGUUUUGGUUCCUUAUACUGCUGUGGAAUUAAAUCCUCUUUUUAACUUUUUUUGCAGACAGUGUAAUGUUUGCCUACAGAACUUUCAGAAAUUUUUAUUUUCCCCUCUACCCAAGAAAUAUUCCCCAUGCCACAGUUGUCCUGGAAAGUUUCUUGGUUUUCAAGUACUCAGCUGGCAGUAAACAGAAAUAAUGUUAACUGCCAUUCUGUCAGGUUCACUAUCGUCAAAAAUGAUUGACAUUAGCAUACAGUUUAGAUUUGUGGUAUAGUUCUGUUCUGGGCAAAAACUCCCUGUCCAUCCAUGUAGCCAGCAUGAAUAAGAGCAGGGAGCGCAGCGAUAACCCCCCUUAGGGUAAACAGAACAGGAAAAAUAGGUGUCAUUAGUUCUUAAUGACAUUUAAGUGUAACACAUCAUGUAAUUGAGACUUAUGAAAAGGAAUAGCAGAAGUCAAGUCCUGAUUGAAAAUGUGAAUUGGAGUUGGGGAUGGAGGGGGGUAAUGUGCUCCUGAGCAACGCGAUAAGCUGCUGUUAGCUGAAUGAAUUUUAAAACAGAAGCUGUGAUAACAUCAUAUUUCUAGGUAGAUGAAGAUCAGCUGAUGUGAGCCUGA